UUGCUCAGAAAUAACGGAGAUGAUGAGGAGCGCUAUGAGACCCGGUUCAGCCAUGGGGUUCUUCGCGCUGUUUGGCAUCUUUGCAACAUUUACGGGCCAUAUCUGUGCUCAAAUACAGUGGACACAAGAGAAGCUGUACCACAAGGCGAGCACUCUGAGUUCUGAUGAUCUGAUAAGUGUUCUGGCUCAAACAGACAUUGACCGCAUGUGGAAGAAUGACCUGAAGCCCAUGCUAGUGGUGCGCUAUCCUGGCUCUCCUGGAAGCCAAGCAGUGCAACAGAGAAUAAAAUCUACCCUGAGCUCACUGAAUGCAGGCUGGGAGGUGACUGAGGAUCGUUUCCAAAGCUGGACGCCUUAUGGCCAGAUGCCUUUCACUAACAUAAUCGCUACUCUCAACCCUGGUGCUAAGCGGCGCCUAGUGCUGGCUUGUCACUACGACUCAAAAUAUUUCCCUCCUCAGUGGCAUGGACUUGAAUUUCUGGGAGCCACUGAUUCAGCUGUGCCCUGCUCCAUGCUGUUAGAGAUGGCCAGGGCAUUGGAUAAGGAGCUAAAGACACUUAAGGACGCAGGUUCAGACUUGACUCUACAGCUGAUCUUCUUUGAUGGAGAAGAGGCUCUGUAUCAGUGGACCUCUACCGACUCUCUGUACGGUUCCCGACAUCUGGCAGCCAAAAUGGAGAACACGGAACACCCAGCGGGAGCCACAGACACCAACCUGCUGGAUGGCAUUGAUCUCUUUGUUCUGUUGGACUUGAUCGGUGGUCCCAUGCCUCACUUCGGUAAUCAGUUCUCCAACACUGCCAGGUGGCUCUCCAAGCUCCAGAAUAUUGAGCGCCGCCUGCACACACUAGGCCAGCUGGAGGACCAUCCUAAUGAAGUGCAGUACUUCUGGCCUGGCAUGCCUGUGGGUCCUGUGCAGGAUGACCACAUGCCCUUCCUUAGCAGAGGGGUCCGGGUUCUUCAUCUCAUCCCCACCCCAUUUCCCUCUGUGUGGCACACCUUUGAUGACAAUGAGGAGAACUUGGACCGAGCCACGAUCCAGAACCUCAACAAGAUUUUGCAGGUCUUUGUUCUUGAGUACCUCAACAAGCAAAGCGAGAAUCCACUUACACAGGCACCCUAAAAUUCUUUUAUCAUACUUCUAAUCAAGAACACCUCAACAAAGCCGCUAUGAAGUCUACCACAAAGCACUACAUUAUUAGUGUUCUAGACACCAUGGUGUUAGAAUUAGGCUUAUCUAAGUUCAAUUUUGUAUUUUUCUUUAUUGAUUUAUAAUCACCACAGAACCAAAUAUGAUAACAGAGAUUAUUUUAGCAUUAGUAUAAUCAGUAUAUUUGUAUGCUUUGACAUUGUGACUGGUGUAGUAAGAUGAGAUGAUGAGAUUUUUUUGAUCUGUUAUAAAUAUUGCUGUUCUAAGGCAUUAGAAAGAAUGUAUGUUAAGUUGAUCUAUCAUUGUUGUAUCAUUUACAUAACAUUUGAAAACCUUAAUUUGUCAAUCAAAUCAAUUAUAUUACAGUUGAAGAUGUAUGUGCCUCAAAAUACAUUCAAAAAGUUCAAGAUCA